CCGGAAGUUCGCCGGCUGCGUAGCUUUGCCCGUCGUGAUUGUUACGCGUGUACCUGUGCUUCUGUGGAAGGAGACCUUGCCGGUUAACUACAAUAGUUUUGCAGUUGUUCUUUGCAGAAGGACGACAGGGCAGGAUUUCUGAGUAAUUAGCUUGAUACCCCCGGCAGGACCACCUCCUGAAAAACAUUUACUGUCAGGGUCCAGGUCUGACAGAAUUGCUCCAGCUACAUCAGGCUGCUUCUGUUUUGCAAGAUGACCGGGGAGAGGGGCCAGGGCUCUGACGGGUUCUGCCUGGAUGAGGGGACCUUCCGGCUUGGCUGCCAGCUCUUAGUCCAGCACUCCCGUGCCCUUGAUGAUGGAUGGAGCUGGGAGGAGGUGCAGGGAUCAGAGGAGGGCUUCCUGAAGAAAACCGUUCUGGCUGUGGGAAGAACCGGCGAUCCUCCAGCCCAGGGUGGAAGCAGCUGGCCAUGGGAUGACCAGGACACUCUAAGGCCAGAGGAGGAUCAGGUUCUUCAAGAUAAGGAUGUUGAGGAGGCUGAUGGUGACGAAGAACACGCUGACUCCGACAAGGCCUCGGUGAUCCGCUAUGAGUACCAUGUGCUGUACUCCUGCAGUUACCAGGCCCCGGUGCUGUAUUUUAGGGCCUCCACUUUAGAUGGCCGUCCCCUGUCCCUGGAGGAGAUGUGGGACAAUGUUCAUCCGAACUACAGGACCCGACUCCUGCAGGGGCCCUGGGACACCAUCACCCAGCAGGAACACCCUCUGAUUGGCCAGCCUUUCUUUGUCCUGCAUCCCUGUCGAACUCAGGAGUUCAUGACGCCGGUGUUGUCGGCGGCGAGAGCAGAGAACAGGAGUGUGAAUUACAUUGUGUCCUGGCUAAGUUUGGUGGGACCAGUGGUGGGUCUCGGUGUGCCGCUGAGUUAUGCCACAGCAUGCCAGCCUGGCGUGGACACCCCAGAAUGACAGACGCACACACACACACACACACACACACACACACACACACACACA